AUCCAAGACCCACCUAGCGAAGCAGAAUCAAAGCAGCAGAAAAGAUGGAUAAACUUAUUUCAAACGGGUUUAUUGUGGGAUCUGUCCCUGAAGACUACAUAUUCCCUCCAGACUUGAGACCAGGAAACCUCGAAAUCCCCUUGAGCAGCAACAUCACUGUGAUUGAUCUCAGUGAAGCGCAGAAUGGUGAUAGAACCAACACAAUCCAUAAAAUUAUCAAGGCUUCUCAGGAGUUUGGAUUCUUUCAGGUUAUCAAUCAUGGAAUCUCGGUGAAUCUAAUGAAUGAUGUAAGGAGUGUUUUCAAGGAGUUAUUUGAGAUGCCAGCUGAGGAAAAACAAAAAUUGUGUUCAAAUGAUCCUUCAAAGACAUGCAAGAUGCUCACUAGCAGUGCCAGUUAUGCAACUGAAAAGGUUCAUCAGUGGAGGGACAAUUUUAGGCACCCGUGUCAUCCUUUGGAGCAGUGGCAACACUUCUGGCCUCAAAAUCCAACCAGAUACAGAGAAUGUGUUGGGGUGUUUUCAGUUGAAGUUAAAAAGUUGGCAUCGAGGAUCUUGAGUUUGAUUAGUGAAGGGCUUGGUCUCAAGUGUGGAUAUUUUGAUAACGAUCUCACUGGAUCAAUGCUUUUGAAUGUUAAUCAUUAUCCACCAUGCCCUGAACCAAGUUUGACACUGGGAGUAAUUAAGCACUCAGAUCCAAAUCUCAUAACCAUUUUACUCCAAGAUCAUGUUUGUGGGCUUCAAGUGUUCAAGGAUGGAAAGUGGAUCGCUGUUGAACCUAUUCCCAAUGCAUUUGUGGUAAACAUAGGCCACCAAUUGCGGGUACAAUUUUCUUAGUUUGUGUUUGGAUACUCUUUGUGAUUCA